UUCAGUUCAACACACGUGGGUCUUGUUCUGGGGAGUUCAGAAGAGAAGUAUACUGUUCUGUCGGGAAGUCAUGGCAGUUGUGAGGUUUUACAGCAAGGAGGUUGAGAAGGGGCGUGCCGCGCAGACCGCUGCCCAGCUCCACCCACAGUUGUCCAUCACCAGCGAGUUCUGCUACAACGUGGAGCUGACUGGUGCUGAGACUCUGAGUGCAGAGCAGAGGGACGUGUUGCUGUGGCUGUUCCGCCCCCCUCUGGGGACAGGGGAGCUCUCCGACAAACCCUUCCUCACAGGUGCGGAGAGAGGAAGACUGGUGGAGAUCGGACCCAGGUUGAACUUCUCCACUGCUUGGUCCACAAACGCAGUAUCCAUCUGUCAGAGUACUGGGUUGAGCAACGUCACCAGGGUAGAGCUGUCCAGACGACUGCUGAUACAGCCCAAGAAUGGACAGAGUGAGCUGUUGCCGGACGUUAAGAUGGACAAACUGGUCGCGUCUCUCUAUGACAGCAUGACCGAGUGUGUGUACGCAGAACCCAUCUCCUCUUUCAGUGUGGGAACCAAACCACAGGAGGUGUACGAGGUGGACGUCCUGGGGAAAGGAAGAGCGGCCCUGGAGAUGGCUAAUGAUGAACUAGGUCUGGCCUUUGACUCAUGGGAUUUGGACUACUACACAUCCAUGUUCCAGAGAGUGAAGAGGAAUCCAACCAGCGUGGAGUGUUUUGACCUGGCCCAGUCCAACAGCGAGCACAGCCGUCAUUGGUUUUUCCGGGGACGUAUGGUAAUCGACGGACAGGAGCAGAAGGAGAGUCUGUUCAGCUUAAUCAUGGACACCCAGCUUCAUAGCAACCAGAACAACAUCAUCAAGUUCUGUGACAACAGCAGUGGGAUUAAGGGGAUGGACUUGGAGUUUGUGUACCCCAGUGACCCGCGCCAGGCCAGCUCCUAUAAGACGAGACACUCCAAGAGACAUGUUAUCUUCACUGCCGAAACACACAACUUUCCCACCGGUGUGGCUCCGUUCAGCGGCGCCACCACAGGGACUGGAGGUCGUAUCAGGGACGUGCAAAGUGCCGGCCAGGGUGGGCACGUCAUCGCGGGCACGGCCGGCUACUGCUUUGGCAACCUUCACAUACCUGGUUACAGACUACCAUGGGAGAGUGAGGGGUGGGAGUACCCCGCCAGCUUUGCUCCGCCCCUGCAGGUGGCCAUUGGAGCCAGUGAUGGAGCGUCUGACUACGGCAACAAGUUUGGGGAGCCCGUCUUAGCAGGGUUUGCGCGCUCCUUUGGCUUGCGACUGGCUGGUGGGGAGAGACGAGAGUGGAUCAAGCCAAUCAUGUUCAGCGGUGGGCUGGGCUCCAUCGAAGACGCGCACGUGAAGAAGGAGCAGGCAGAGAUAGGCAUGGAGGUGGUGAAGAUAGGCGGUCCGGUAUACAGAAUCGGAGUGGGAGGUGGGGCUGCCUCCUCUAUUCAGGUGCAGGGGGAUAACUCCAGUGCCAGAGACCUGGGGGCAGUGCAGAGGGGAGAUGCUGAGAUGGAACAGAAGAUGAACCGGGCUCUCAGGGCCUGCCUGGAGAGAGCGGAGGGAAACCCCAUCUGCAGCAUCCAUGACCAGGGGGCAGGGGGCAAUGGUAAUGUGCUGAAGGAGCUGUGUGAGCCAGCAGGAGCUGUGAUCUACCGCAGCAGGUUCAAGACCGGAGACCCCACCCUCAGUGUCCUAGAGCUCUGGGGGGCGGAGUACCAGGAGAGCAAUGCCAUGCUCAUCCGCCAAUCAGAUCGCUCAUUCCUGGAGAGGGUGUGCCAGAGGGAGAAAUGCCCCGUUGACUUUGUUGGGAACAUCACAGGAGACGGCAAGAUCGUUCUAGUUGAUGAUAUGGGUGGGGUUGCAGGAGGGGAACAGACAGACAGGGGGCGUUGUCCUGUUGACCUUCACUUGGAGUGGGUGCUGGGAAAGAUGCCCCAGAAGGACUUUGUCAUGGAGCGCAUGACCCCUUACCUCAAGCCCCUGUCUCUGCCUGCUGACCUGGGAGUACGAGACGCUCUAGACCGAGUUCUUCGGCUGCCUGCAGUUGCCUCCAAACGCUACCUCACUAACAAGGUGGACCGAUCUGUAACGGGUCUGGUUGCCCAGCAACAAUGCGUCGGUCCUCUCCACACCCCGCUGGCUGAUGUGGCUGUUGUCGCUCUUUCUCCAUUUGACCUGAAGGGGGCAGCGACUGCUAUCGGGGAACAGCCUAUCAAAGGGCUGGUUUCCCCGGGUGCCGGAGCUCGCAUGUCCAUCGGGGAGGCUUUGACCAAUCUGGUGUUCGCUGAGGUCACAGCCCUAAAGGAUGUGAAGUGCAGUGGUAACUGGAUGUGGGCGGCGAAACUCCCUGGUGAAGGGGCGUGUCUCUGGGAGGCGUGUCAGGCCAUGUGUGAUGUCAUGAGUCAACUGGGUGUGGCUGUUGACGGAGGGAAGGACUCCCUGAGCAUGGCUGCUAGAGUUGGGUCAGAGACUGUCAAGGCACCAGGUGCUCUGGUUAUCUCUGUGUAUGCUGUGUGUCCUGACAUCACGGCUACUGUCACCCCUGACCUGGAGGACCCUGAAGGCCACGGUGUGUUGCUGUGGGUUCCAGUGAGUCCCGGCCACUACCGGCUUGGCGGUUCUGCCCUGGCCCAGUGUUACGGUCAGUUAGGUGACUGCUCGCCUGACCUCGACCACCCAGAGCUACUGACCGCCUGCUUCGACGUCACUCAGAGCCUGGUCCGCGAGCGCCGGCUGACCGCAGGCCAUGACAUCAGUGACGGGGGCCUCAUCACCUGUCUGCUGGAGAUGGCGUUCGCAGGGAAUCGCGGGAUUGAGGUGGACCUGCCGUCUCUGGGAGCAAGAGUCCUGGAGGUGUUAUUCAGUGAGGAGUUGGGCUUGGUAGUGGAGGUGUGCGAGAAGGAUGUAGAUAUGGUGUGUCAGAGGUACACACACAGCGGACUACAAUGUCACCGCAUCGGCACCACCCAGGGCUUCGGACCCGAGUCCAAGGUCAUAGUUCACGUGGACGGACAGGAAGUGCUGAGAGAGCGCCUGCCUAGCCUGCGGGCAUUGUGGGAAGCCACCAGUUUCCAACUGGAGCGGCUGCAGGCCAACGAACAGUCUGUGAAGCAAGAAGAGGAAGGGCUAGCCACGCGCACGCAGCCCUACUUUAAACUCACCUUUGACCCCGCAGAGACCCCUCUUCUGAAAGGUUUGGCUGCUGGGCAGCCUCGUGUGGCUGUGGUCAGAGAGGAGGGCAGCAACGGAGACAGGGAGAUGGCUGUUUCUCUCUACAUGGCUGGCUUUGAGGUUUGGGAUGUGACCAUGCAGGACCUGUGUUCAGGCUCUCUCACUCUGGAGCGCUUCAAAGCUCUGGUGUUUGUGGGUGGAUUCAGCUAUGCAGACGUACUGGGCUCAGCUAAAGGCUGGGCUGCCACCGUGACCUACAACCCCCGGGCGAAGGCAGAGUUUGAGCGAUUCCGUUGUCGCGAUGACACCCUGAGUCUGGGCGUCUGCAAUGGUUGUCAGCUCCUGGCUCUUCUGGGAUGGGUCGGAGAGGGAGAGGAGGGAGGAGAGUCUGGAGUAGUUCUCACCCAUAACCAGUCAGGCCGGUUCGAGUCGCGCUUCGUCAGUGUGGGGAUCCAAGCCUCUUCUUCGGUCUGGCUGCAGGGCAUGGAUGGCUCUGCCCUGGGUGUCUGGGUGGCUCACGGGGAAGGUCUGGUACAGUUCCGAUCUCCUCAGGCCCGGCAGCGCAUCAUCUCCUCCGGCCUCGCCCCUCUCCGUUACCUUGACGACACAGGCACACCCACUGAGGUGUAUCCCCAGAACCCCAAUGGGUCUCCUGAGGGCCUGGCUGGGUUGAGCUCCAGGGAUGGGCGCCACCUGGCCAUGAUGCCCCACCCUGAGCGCUGCACUAUGGGCUGGCAGUGGCCAUGGGCGCCCCCGGAGUUCCGGAGCUCCCUGGGCACCACCUCUCCCUGGCUUCGCAUGUUUACUAAUGCCGUAGCCUGGUGUUGUCAAUCCUGAGCGAGCUGGUUAGGCAGAACUGCCCACUAACACUAUGGACCAACUGUGAAAAUCCAUACUGGUCUUGGAUGACUGUUGCACUGCUGAAAUGGUCAAACAUUCCUGUCACAAUUUAAAUGUCAAUGUUUACAAAACAUUUUUGUGACUUUAAGAGUCAAAUUUGAAAGUGGUGUGCUUUGCCUUACUUGGUUUGCUUUAACAUAAUUUACCUUCCAGAGGAACCGUAUUAAAUAAAUCACUUGAGCUGUCUUCAACAUAGCAAAGGUCACAAAACUGUUGGACUGUCCCUCUAUCAGUUUUCCAGUUAUAUUGGUAGAUGAGCGGUUUUGUAAUGUACUGAUGAAUUGGCCAACUGUUGGAACAGUGGUUUUCUAUCAACCUGUAAUCUAAUAAAAUGUGGAGAUGUAAUAAUU